CUGGCGUGCAGCUCUUUUGCUGACUUGUUCAAGUUCACCAAGCUGCACAUGGAACACAAUGACUUGGUCAAGUUGAACUUCACCUACUUUCCACGCCUCAUCUUCUGGCACUCCCUCUGCCUGAAGAGGGAUAAGGUGGCCAUCGUGGUUAGCUCGCUGGACUAGGUUUGGAACCUGGAGAAAAGGACCUGUUGGGCAGUAAGAUCAAGUACAUGGAGCAUGUGUUUGAGAUCCUGCUGCACCUGCAGACCCUGCAGCUGGACUCCAGCUGCCUCACGUGCAUCGAGGCCUGGAUCCUCAACUCUUGGAAAUCAUUGAUGAGCAUCAUCCUGGCCAGGAGGAACAUAUGGGACUGUGGACGCAUUGUGUGUGGCCUGGCCUCGUGGCUCCACAGCUUCCAGGGGCACUGCGAUGACAACUCCCAGUGUGCCAGCCCAGAGUACACACAGGGCAAAAACAUCCUAGAUGCUGUGGACACCUUCUAGGUGUGAGGAUAGGGCCGAGUCCAACGUCAGUCUUCUGCUCUCAACCAUCCCAACAGCAGUGACCUGGGGCUCCUGGCCAG